AUGGAGCUACGAGUUGGUAAUAGAUACCGACUGGGUCGCAAAAUCGGCAGUGGCUCCUUUGGAGAAAUUUAUCUCGGCACUGAUGUAACAAACAACCAAGAAGUCGCUAUAAAGUUGGAAUGCGUAAACGCCAAACAUCCGCAAUUGAUGAUUGAAGCAAGGAUCUAUCGAAUACUGCAGGGCGGAUUUGGCAUCCCAACACUGAAGUGGUGGGGUAGGGAAGGCGACUACAAUGUCUUGGUAAUGCAACUUCUCGGGCCAAGUCUGGAGGAUCUAUUCAACUUUUGCGGUCGUCGCUUUCGUCUCAAAACGGUCAUCCUACUUGCAGAUCAAAUUCUUAUGCGCAUAGAAUACAUGCACAGCCGUAACUUCAUUCAUCGAGAUAUUAAACCAGACAAUUUUCUCAUGGGCCUUGGUAAACGUGGCAAUUGUGUCUACUUCAUUGAUUUCGGAUUAGCUAAACGAUAUCGCGACCCACGGACUCAUUUGCAUAUUCCCUAUCGGGAAAACAAGAAUCUGACUGGGACGGCGCGUUAUGCCAGUGUUAAUACACAUCUUGGAAUUGCUCGUUAUUUUUGUGCUCGGGGAACAUAA